AUGGGUGUAGAAAUCCCACUACCCACAAACUCUGCACCGCCGCAAGGGCAAGAUGGUUCCAGCAAGGCGACGCCUAAUUCGCUUGCCAAUUCAUCGAAGACAUUAGUUGGCUCGCUUCGACCUCUCCGCUCCAAAGGAACCCUGAUGCCCGGAAAGGCAAAUAAUGGGGAAAAGGUCUGCGAAUCCCCACCACUGCCGCGCCACUCCAUUCCGUUGUUACCAGGACAUAUAAAACCAAAAAUGUGUGGGCCACCCAGUCCGGAAGAUGGUGGACAGCAGCCGAAAUUUCUCGGCAGAAUGCAAAAACGUAACAUAGUUCAUCUUGAUCAUAGGUUAAAUGCAAUUUGUCCAAGAGCUCCUCCGGAUAGCUGCGGAGUGGACGACAAGGGCUCUGAAAAGCUUAUUUGUCGGCGGAGACCCGCUGACAAAGCCCAGUUUCAUAAAGCCAUUGAUCUUUUGAAUAGUAUGAUUGAGGCAGAUGCUCGCAAGUUCGAUAUGAGGGAGUGGGUGAUACGUCACGCGGAAGGGAGGGGUGGGGCACAACUGAGCAAAGAACAGUUACAACCUGUUUGGAUUCUCGUUGGCAGUGAUUUCGUUCUGGCAGUUGACUUGAAUGGCUCGGCGCAACACCGCAACUACAGUGAUGUUGCCGCCUUGCAACUUGAACAGUUUCCUCCGGAAGGUGCUAUCGUUUUUCCCCUGGAGGGAGUAUUGAAGACAGGCGAACUGCGGCUUCCGCAGACCUCUACAGGGGUUAAAGCAAUGAACGUUUUGCUGCAUGGUGAGUCACGUUGGGGCGCUCCCAUUGGCGUUUUGUUCAUGAGUCCCUCAGAUCAAUCUUCUAUCAUACAAGACAUUUGUCAGUCGUACCUUCCCUCCUUUCUGCGUUCAGCGUACCCAAUGGGAGUGCAGCUACGCGGAGAAUGGAUAUCAACGGUGUUUUCCAGUGAGGUAGGUGAGUUUCGUGUCGCGGAGCUGCCACAAAAGUUCCGUGAUGGACUUCAUUCAUCUAUGGCAGCCCAAGGAACGUCUGGCACCAGCAGCCUCACGGGCGAGGGAUACCGGAUCUCGGACGUGGAGGUUGUGCAGAGUUUGGAGAAGCUCGAUUCUACUGAACUUCACGGCGAAAGGAAGACAAAUGUAGAAAUGGGAAGUAGUCCGUCCUUCAACUUGAAAAAUCAGCAACAGGAGAUGUUGUCGACCACAUCGCAAGCUUCGAAACCUCCGCCCACAAAUCCGCCGUGGGAGGGAGGCGAGCGGGGACCCCUCUUCAGUGGUCGGUUGCACACUUUGCAGUCAGUACCACCGAAAGGUUCACCAACUACGUUUUGUCAUGGGGUUCUUCUGCUCACAGCACGGGGCCCGUUAGAACUUCUCCCUGAGAGUACCACAUCGCACGUAAGAAUCAAAGAUGUAAAAUUAAGCUUUUUGCGUUCAGGCGUAGGCCGGUGCAUGCGUUUGACACAAGAAUCAGUGCGAUUCAUGUACGUGCCGUCGGGCCCAGUGCUGAGUGAUAACCAUGUUGUUGACACACGAUACGCCGUUCUGCGCUUGCAAACCCACAAAUGA